GGGAGGGAUGGAGUUGAGGGGAGGUCAACAACUAGAGACAGAGGUGGGAGGGGUGGAGUUGAGGGGAGGGGUGGAGUUGAGCGGAGGACGACAACCAGAGACAGAGUUGGGAGGGGUGGAGUUGAGGGGAGGUCAACAACUAGAGACAGCGUUGGGAGGGGUGGAGUUGAGGGGUUCCGUGCAGGAGUUGGGUACUGUGCUGGAGGGGUGUAUCGAGGAGGUGGGGAGAAUGGAGAAGAGACGGGAUGAACUGAUGGGAGAGCUGCAGGCACUAAGGGAGGAGAAGACGGGGACAGAGGAAGGGAGAGAAGGAGGGCAGGCGGCACAGUUAAACCAGGUGCUGAAUAUUGAGGCCGAUGGGAUGAGGGAGGCGCGGAUGAGGGAGUGGCAGUCUUUGAGGGCUGAGAGAAGUGUGGAGGAGAGGAGGCUGUCCAGUGUGCGUCUGGAGAGGCAGGGUCUUCAGGAGGAGAUGAGGAGGCUGAAGAGGAGGCUGUUCUCUGUCGCCAGGGAGUGUGCUCACAACCAGGUCAUCCUGGUAACCCAGCAGCGUGAGGUGGCCCAGCUCAACAAGGAACAGAUGGAACUCGACACACUGAUCAUCCAGCUGACUGAGGAGGUGUCUCAACUCCGCUCCACCCACCAGACCCAGCUCUCCACCUUUCAGUCCCAGCUCCAGACACCCAGGCAGACACCCAUCCCCAUAGAGGAGCUGACCCAGAGCAAGAGGACCGCGUGUGGGGACAUACAGCAGUACCUGCAGGGAGGGCUCAAAGCCCUGGAGGAAAGGUAUGAGCCAAUGCUGCUGGCCCUGUUGAAGCGGAAGGAGAGGACGUCAGAGGCCCAGGUGAAGGCCAGGCAGCAGGCCCAGGAGCUGAGGUCCCGCCGAGGGCCCAUGAGGGAGGAGGGACAGAGGCUGGGGCUGCAGAGAGCCUGCCUGGAGGAGAGACUCAUACUGAUGGAGACCCACAGGAGAGAGGACGUGGAGCAGUACAGGGAGACAGUGGACAGGCUGGAGGACACUAACAGAGAGCAGAAGACAAAGCUACAAAUCCAGAAGAGGGAAACCAAGGAGAUGGAGGAACUGAGAGACAGUCUUACUAAAGAACUCUACCUGUACAGAGGUAUUGUCGAAGACAAUAACAAGAAUGAUGUAACCAGAGUGCAAGAGAAAACCACCGCGACAAAUAGAAGUCUUGCAGUUUAGGUUACAAGAGACAAACAACAUUUUCUCAGUUCAUAGUCACUCGUUUCCAAAAAUCAUACCAUCCUUACAAAUGUACUUUUAUACACCUUUCAGAAGGUUCCACUCAAUUGUAAAAAAAAAAAAAAAAAAAAAAACAGGAAGUAGAAAACCAGGAAGUAGAAACCCAGGAAGUAGAACACCAGGAAAAAGCAAGGCCGUUUUGUACACUGGUAGCUGAAACCUGUGGGGAAUUCCCAUCAGGUUGGAAAGGGUGUCUAGAGAAAACAAGCUCUCCAUCAUUCUAAUUCUAUAGUUAAGACAUGGUAAAACAUCUGUAGAGAAGAAGGUUCUGGAACAGUCUGAAGAUGUAAUGCAUUCUUUAUAGUGCAACAAAUAAAAGGUGUUCUUUUAAACUAAA